AAGUGAGAAGAUCGCGGCGGAGAGGUGGACCUCGAACCCCCUGCUCAGGGGACCCGCUGUUCCUCCACUUUGACACACACACACACACACACACUUGGAGGACAUUGAGGACCAUCUCCCUGCAGCCAGAGGUGAAGAGCCGUACCUGUACCUCAGGUGUGUUCGAUUCACUGGCACAGGGGGGGCAGGAGAGGACCCCCGGUCCCCCGGCUCUCCGGCCCAGCGAGGACUGGAAGGAGGACAGAUGUGAUCCCAGGUGCGAGACUCCAAGUCGAGAGACGGCGCCUCGUUAUGCUGAAGGCUCCCCGCACGGCUCAUCAUGAGUGGCAGUGACAGCGACGGGAGGAGCUACGUGCUCCAGGUGUACCAGACAUUGAUGUCGCAGGAGACGGGCCGCUGGUGCACGAUCGUGGUGCCACGGGAGACGACGGCCGCCGCGGUGAUCAAGGAGGCGGUGGCGGUGCUGGGCGCGGACCCGUCGAGGCACUACGUGCUGGCUGAGGUGAAGGAGUGUGGCGGCGAGGAGUGGGUGCUGCAGCCCUGUGAGCAGCCCGUGCUGCGCAUCCUGCUGUGGCCCCUCGGCGCCCAGGAACAGCACCCAUGCAGCGACGGCUACUACUUCCUGCUGCGGGAGUGCGACCCCGAUGGCGCCGUGUGUUACCGACCCACGAGCCAGCCCUGCGGGGAGAAGGUGGCGGCGCAGAAGCUGGUGGAGCGUGGCUUCCUGCCGCCGGAGCGCGAGGACGUGGACGACCUGUGCGACCUGCCGGUUCUGACCGAGAGCAGCAUCCUGGGAGUGUUGCGCACCCGCUUCCAGCGCCACAAGAUCUACACGUACGCCGGCAGCAUGCUGGUGGCCGUCAACCCCUUCACGUUCCUGCCCAUCUACAACCCCAAGUACGUGAAGAUGUACGAGAAGCGGGCGCUCGGCGAGCUCGGCCCCCACGUGUUUGCCAUCGCCGACGUGGCGUAUCAUACCAUGCUGCAGCGCCGGCGCAACCAGUGCGUGCUCAUCUCGGGCGAGAGCGGCUCGGGCAAGACUCAGAGCACCAACUUCCUGAUCCACUGCCUGACGGCGCUCAGCCAGAAGGGCUACACCAGUGGCAUCGAGAGGACCAUCCUGGGGGCCGGACCAGUCCUGGAGGCGUUUGGCAACGCAAAGACUGCGUACAACAACAACUCGAGUCGCUUCGGGAAGUUCAUCCAGGUCAACUAUCUGGAGAGCGGCAUAGUACGAGGAGCGGUGGUGGAGAAGUACCUCCUGGAGAAGUCCCGCCUCAUCUCCCGAGAGAAGAACGAGAGGAAUUACCACGUUUUCUAUUACCUGCUGGUUGGGGCUUCGGAGGACGAGCGCAAGGAGUUCAAGCUGCUGCGGCCUGAAGAGUAUCUCUACCUCAAGCAGGAGAACCUCGACAUGGAAGAUAAAGCAGUCCUGCGGCAUGAGUUCGAAAGGCUGCAGCAGGCCAUGGGGAUGGUGGGAUUCCUGCCGCCCACAAAGAAGCAGAUCUUCGCCAUGCUGGCAGCCAUCUUGUACCUGGGCAACGUGACCUAUAAACCGCGGGGGACAGACAGAGAUGAGGGGCUCGAAGUGGGUCCCCCAGGGGUCUUGGCCAUCCUGUCCGACCUGCUCCAGGUCAGGAAGGAACUGCUUGUGGAGGCCUUGACCCAGCGGACGGCCGUGACGGCCAACGACACGCUCAUCUUCCCGUACAGCCCCAGCGAGGCGGUGACGGUGCGUGACUCCAUGGCCAAGUCUCUGUACAGCGCCCUCUUUGACUGGAUCGUGCUGCGCAUCAACCACGCUCUGCUGAACAAGAAGGACAUGGAGGAGUGCAUCUCUUUUCUAUCCAUAGGCGUCCUGGACAUAUUUGGGUUUGAGGACUUCAAGACCAAUAGCUUCGAGCAGUUCUGCAUCAACUAUGCCAACGAGCAGCUGCAGUUUUACUUCAACCAGCACAUCUUCAAGCUGGAGCAGGAGGGGUACCAGGCGGAGGGAAUCAGCUGGCACAACAUCGACUACAUGGACAACGUGGGCUGUAUCCACCUGUUCAGCAAGAAGCCCACAGGCCUCUUCUACCUGCUGGACGAAGAGAGCAACUUCCCUCACGCCACGGACAAAACGCUACUGGCCAAGUUGAAGCAGCAGCACCAGGGGAACCCCUACUUUGUGCCCACGCCUGUGUUGGAACCUGCUUUUGUGGUCCGCCACUUCGCGGGGAACGUCAAGUACCACGUGAAGGACUUCCGGGAGAAGAACACGGACCACAUGCGGGCAGACAUCGUGACGCUGCUGCGGUGCAGUGACCGGGCGUACGUCCGCCAGCUGGUUGGGAUGGCGCCGGCAGCCGCGUUCCGCUGGGGGGUCCUCCGCGCCACCGUCUGCAGCCUGGCUGUUCUCAAGGAGGCUGGGCGGCAGCACGCGGAAAAGACCACAGCCCUGAGUAGAUGUGGCUCCCGGACUCUGCUCGGUGAACUGCGCACGCCCAGAACGCCCGCCGAGAGACUGUGCAGCUACGGCUCUUGCAUUGACUUCUCGUUCGAUCGUUCAAUGGAGCGCCCUCUAGAGGCUUUCGAAGACAUCUUUGCUAGCUAUGAGAGUAAGAAGAACAGCAGGACUGCCCGGCAGAAGCAGAUCAUCCCCAAGAACCUCAUUGACGCCUCCUCUCUGAAGCUCAUUAUGGGCCUCAGUGUCCAUGACCGCACCACCAGGGCCCUCCUCCACCUGCACAAGGGCAAGAAGCCCCCCAGCAUCAGCGCGCAGUUCCAGGCUUCCCUCAGUAAGCUGCUCGAGACCCUGGGGAGAGCUGAGCCCUUCUUCAUCCGUUGCAUCCGUUCCAACGCCGACAAGAUGGAGAUGUGUUUCGACGACUCCCUGGUGCUUCAGCAGCUGCGCUACACAGGCAUGUUGGAGACAGUGCGCAUCCGGCGGUCCGGCUACAGCGCCAAGUACACAUUUGAGGAAUUUGUCGAGCAGUUCCGGGUGCUGCUGCCCACUGAUGCCUCGACGCCGCAGAGAGACAUCGCCAACUUCUUCCAGAAGAUGGGUCUGGCUGCUGGCACCUACCAGAUCGGCAAGACAAAGGUGUUCCUCAAGGAGCCAGAGAGGCAGCGGCUGCAGGAUAUGCGGCACAAGCGGGUGAUGGACAAGAUCCUCUAUCUUCAGCGCUGGUUCCGGGCGCACCUGGACAGGAAGCAGUUCCUACUGAUGCGGAGUGCUGCCAUCGUGAUCCAGCGGCACUGGCGCCGGAUGCAAGAGGAGAGGCGCUACAGGGUCACGGCCAUAAUCCAGGCGAUGUGGGAGAACUCGUACCAGAGAGCUGAGUACCUGCAUCAGCGAAACCACUUCAAGAACAUGCAGAAGCUGGCAGAGAGCAGGGCAGCCCAGCAAAGGACCCAGGAGGAGCAGGAGGGCGAGCAGGAGGCUCCAGAGAGAAAGUCGCACAAGCCACACGCAGAUGUCAGCAAAGAGAACACUGUACCGAGAGGCAGGCAGGAGGGCGUGCCAGUGGUGACGCUGCAGGGACGUGUCCAAGCACUGUGGGAGACUAACAGGGAUGAGGGCACCAGAGAAUGGCCAUCUGGAGGACCCCUGCAGGCUCUGAAGAACAAGAGAGAGGGCAACGCUGUGACCUGGGAGCAGCCUUCCCCAGAGGCCGUCAAACCCAUGUGUGAAGCCGAGCCGGAGAGGAAGAAGGACGGCGGGGAGCCACAGCGACAGCCCUCUGCUCUCGCAAGGGUCCACGAAGAAGUAGGGAAGCAGUGGGAGCGGGUGCGCCCCAACUCCCUACCCCUGGACUUCACCCCAGACCACGGUGAGCCCACCGGUGCGGGCACGCUGAAGCGCUAUGACAACAGGACCAUCCUGAAGGAGAGGGCAGAGCGGUGGAAGGAGAAAAGGAGCGAGGCACUUGCAGAUGGUGCUAAUUCACAGCCCCAGAGCACAGAACAGAGGAGGAAUAAGGGUUCGCUAUGCCGGAGAAUCUCGAUCUCCCUGGGUGACGUGUCGGACCUCAGCCUGUCAGGACCCGAGCAUGGCGGUGCGGCUGACUUCAUCCAGAAGGUCCGGCCGCUGCACCCGAAGCGCCGGCUAGCCCACGGCCGCAGCGGCUUGAUGCUCAAAGGCGAGGACGUAGAAUACAAGGAGUUCUGGACUUUUCCACUGCCCCCCAUGAGCCCUGGCCCUCCGCCUCCCCCACUCCCCCUCCCUGAUGUCAACAGCCCUGCCUGUCCGCCCCAGCCGAAGCUCCCAGGAGACGCCACAAUUCCUGAUGGUUCAAAAUUGAGCACCCAGAGAAGAGAUGGUGGGACAUCUGUCUAUCCUCAGCCCACGACCCCAGAGAAGUCUGGCUUCCUGAGGAAGAUUCUUAAGAAGCGUCCCCAUAAGGAUGCUCAAACAUCCGAUGAUGGAGAGGUGACCCCUACGCAGACACCAGGAAGGGAAGACUCCUUCCGGAUGGGUCAGGUCCCCAUCAGAAUAAGCCGUGCCACUAGGGUGCCUGUGCAGUGGAACGCCUCGUUGGACCGCAAGAUCAGUAACCCCAACGAGCUGCGCCACCUGGAUGACUUCCUGGCCAAUCAGGUGAACGACCUGCACUCGAAAGGGAAGCACCUCUCUGCAGUAGAGAACAUCUUCAUCAGGGCCACGGUAGAGUUCAGGGAGAACAUCAAGAGCUUGUAUGCUCUCUCAGUGAGUAACCUAUCAAGUCGCUGCUGCUACAAGGACUUGAUGAUGAACUACCAGGACAAAGUGUGUAGCCUGGCUGGUCAGAAGCAGAAGACUGAGGUCCCCCUGGUGGUGAAUCUGUUCCAGUCAAUUCUGGACGGGUUUGUCCGCGCCGAGAUUAAGAAGGAGGAGGUGGAACCAGAGAAGCCUGCAAAGAAACAAAAGAAGCGCAGAGAAAAGAACAAUGUGACAGAGCACCGUCUAGACCAUGUGCUCAGCACCUACCAGGUGAAUAUCAUGCAGUCAUGUGACCAGUGCACCUCCUACAUCUGGGGAAUGGAGAAGGCUUACAUGUGCAGCUCUUGCAAAAUGGUGUGUCACAAGAAGUGCCUCUCAAAAAUCAACAAAUGCUGCUCCCCAUAUUGCUCAAAGAAGCUUGCUGAGCAGGGCAGCUCACAGCUCUUUGGGAUACCCGUGUGCGUUCUGACCAGCGAGGACAGCACUGUGCCUGUCGUCAUGGCCAUGUUGCUGGAGCACGUGGAGCUGAAAGGCCUUUACACGGAGGGCAUCUACCGCAAGUCCGGCGCAGCCCACAGAGUGAAGGAGCUGCACCAGCGGCUGGAGAAGGACCUGCGAUCGGUGUGCUUGGAGGAGUACCCCAUCCACACAGUCACUGGGCUGAUCAAGCAGUGGCUGCGAGAGUUGCCGGAGCCCCUCAUGACCUACACCCAUUACAGUGACUUCCUACACGCCAUCGAACUCCCUGAGAAGUCAGAGCAGCUGAAAGCCAUCUACACAGUGUUGGAACGCCUUCCCACCCCUAGUUUCAACACCUUGGAAAGGCUCAUCUUCCACCUGGUCAGGGUGGCCAAAGAGGAGGCCCAUAACCGCAUGUCACCCAGCUCGCUGGCCAUCAUCUUCGCCCCAUGUAUUCUGCGCACUCCAGACACCUCUGACCCUCUCACGAGCUUGAAGGACAUGGGCAAGACCACCAUGUGUCUAGAGAUCCUGUUGAAUGAGCAGAUGAGGCUCUACAGAGAGAAGCUGAAUGAGCUUCAGCAGCUUGAGUAUGCAGAAGCCCUGGUGGUCAAACAACUGAAGCUCAAAAGACAAAACACAGUCCAAAACACAGCACCUUUUGGCCAGACUACGUUCUCUGAGGACGAAUCCAUGGAUACAGACUCAGAAGUGGAGGAGAUCCUGGUGCACCGCAUCAAGUCCAUCAAGAAGGAGAAGGAUGACCUGGCCUCUAAGCUGCCUGCUCUAAACCAGCCCUGCUUGGAUCAGGACAGCCUGGAGACAGACAGCCCGCUGGAUGACCGGCUCUGGAGUCUAAGUCACGAAACUCUGCACUACGGGACGCCUGAAGAGUUAAAAAAGACAAGCCCAACUCCGAAGCACAAGACUGAAACCCUGGCCUUGCCAACCCAAGCCAGCAGGGCUUCGCCUUCACCUCAGCAGCAGGGCUGGAACCCAGGAGUCCCUAGUGCCCGCACACUGCUCCAUGGAGGUGUCCCACAAGAAAGCACUCUUAUGCUGCCUAGGGCGGAGAGAUGGGAGCACCCUCCAGGACAGCCCCCCUUUACGAACACGAAACCCAACGCUCCCCUGGAUUUGGCUCCUCGCACCGGUGGCCACAGGGGGCCCAACUCAGCCCAGGGCACUUUCUCUGGCCUUGACAUCCCCUACAUCGAUGACAACUUGUAGCCUGAAAAAGAAAGGCUGCUCAGGAGAGUGUGGCGGUCACAGGGCGUCAUGGAAACCGUUUAUGAACUUUAUGAGAAAAAUAGUCACAAAUGUCAUGGUACUAAUGACUCUGGAAACAGAAGCGCUGCCUCGCCAUGUCCUGUCUGUACUCGUUUUUACUGUCUAACUACAUUAGGUCUGUGAUACAUUUGUUUAAGAGCUGUUCAUGGGCUAUUCAUACAGAAACAAGAAGAAUUACGUUCUAUCCCUUGUUUUUCCCCUGAAAGGGGAUAUUUCAAGGAAGCAAAAGCUCCUUUCUGCAUUAUCCUAUUUCUUUCAAUGUAAUCACAGUGACAGGGAAUUGGGGUUCAUCCUCACAAGGCAUUUUGCAUAAAUGUAGUAUUUUGUAAGUACUUCUGUUGUAAUUAUUUUAAUGUCGCUUGACUGCCGACAAACACUUGUAAUGCUGUACUGGCACCUGUCCUACAGAAGUAGGAUCAUUUGGCUGGUCAAUACCUCUCUUCUGCAGCUUCCUCGCAGUCUCCGAGCGCACAGCCUACAUACUGCCAGGCGCAAAGGGCUCCGGCAAAGUUUUACCGUUGACUUUCUAUGAGAAACCCGUGGAUUCCCCAUGAACUCGGCCCCUGUAGGAAGCUGCUGUAACUGUCAUGGGCUCAAGUCCCACUGACCACUUCCGUGGAUCAACGACUGACACCACAGCAUCACAGAGAGCCCAUGAACUCGCUGGCAAAUGCCACAUGUGAAAUGUAAACGGGAAAGUCGAAGCUGGCGCUCGUGUGCUUCAGCAGUGGAUUUACCUCUAAUAAAGCUUUACAGUGU